CAGGAUAUAAUAAUAAUAAUAUAAUAGUACUGUUAUAUACUGAUGAUGUGAAUUAUUAUGUCACACAUGAUGAUAAUAUGGUCAUUUUAGUCACAAUAUGACAUCUUUCCUAUUCAGUGAAAAAGUUAGACAUAGCAUCAUUGAUUCCUCAGACUUCUCAAAUUACAACAACAAAAGUUUCAGUAGUGAUAUUUCAGCUGGGACAAAUUUUACAGUCUACGCAUUACCUGGUUAUUAUAAUCUAUGGAAAUCUAUCCUUCUUGGAAUUAUAUUAAGUAUUGCAGCUUUGUUAACUGUUAUUGGUAAUUUUCUUGUCUUUUUAGCAUUUCUUCGUGAAAGAUAUAUGCGUAAAAAUCUAACAAAUUGGUUUCUAGUUUCACUCGCUAUAGCUGAUUUAUUGGUGGGUACUAUAGUUAUGCCAUUUGCUAUUUUUCAUACCUUAAAUGAUGAAUAUUGGCCAUUUGGUCGUGAAUGGUGUGAUGCAUGGCAUGCAUUCGAUGUAUUAAGUUCAACAGCGUCAAUACUAAAUUUAUGCGCAAUAGCCCUGGAAAGAUUCUGGGCAACAGAGAAUCCUAUCACGCAUACAUCGAUGAGAACACGACGUCAUUGUUUACUUAUGCUUGCAUUUGUAUGGAUAUGUUCAAUUCUUAUUUCAUUUCCCGCUAUAUUAUGGUGGAGAAAUACACAAGAUUAUAUAGUCUCAUCCUCUUACAUUUGCCAGUUUACAUCGGACAGUAUUUAUUUAAUAGUCUCCUCUUGUGUAUCAUUUUAUAUCCCGUUAAUUGUUAUGCUGGUUGUUUAUGCUCGCAUUUAUCAGACAGCAAGUAAUUUAAUGAAAAGUUUAAAAAGUGGUGAAAAAAUUGUUGUUUAUUCAAAUGCUAAAUGUAGUUCACCGCCAAAUUUCAAGUUUUUAACAAAUAAUUCAUCAAAUGAACAAAAGAAAAAGUCAUGGUUAAAGACAAGUCGAAACAAAAUAAAACCUCAUGAAUUUAUGCCAUCACAUUUCUCUAUGUCUCAAGGGGAUACGAUGGUUCUUCGUAUACACCGUGGUGGAAAAGUUGAUACUAUUAAUUCUAAUAUCAAUAAUAGUAGCCAUAAUAACAAUGAUAAUAAUAAGUUGAAAACACAUAAAUCGAAGGCUUAUUCUAACCGACAUCAUUAUUUUGAUAAAAAUAAAAUCAAACAAAGGAAGACAGGCAGCGCAAUAAAAUUCACAAAUUCUGUUUGUUUAAAUGAUAAGCGUAAAAUUAACACAAUGUCAAACACAAAUACAAGAAUCAAUAUCACAACGAGGACCCCUAUAACUAAUAGAGUCUUAUCUAAUUCUACACUACCAUCACUGGGGAAGCGCAGUAAAACAGACUUGAAAAUUGUUAAACCAAAGUGGAAACAUACAUAUUCUUUGACACAAAUAUCCACGCAUUCACAAAUAUUUUCUGAUGGAUUUAAUACUGGUAAAGUAAUCAAUUAUCAAGUGAAAAGUGAACUUAAUUUCAGACGAUCACAUUCUUCUGGCAUUCUAAACUACUUAUCGCAAUCGCAUCCAGCGAUGCAAUGCUUUAAGCGACAUCAACAUCAAAGGCAACAAAUAUCACCUUAUCAUUUAAUAACAGGCGCGGAAAGCUCACCAUAUUACAUUCAGACAGAUUAUUACAACAGUUCUCCAAGACAAUAUCAGAAGAAACACUCAUCAUCUUCCGCAAGUGAUCAGUCGAACUGUAUGAAGAAACAAACAAAUCAUCUUUCUUAUGCAUAUGACUUCCCCCGUGAUAAACUUAAGCCUUCCGUAGCUAGAUUAGUUAUGAAUCAACAAAGUAUUAACAACGCUUCUCGUCCAUAUGUUACAAAUAAUCUAUCUAAUAUUGUUACCACUCCAGCUGUCCAUGAUGGUUACAGUGGAACCAGAACAGAUGGUCAUGGAUGUGUGACUGUCAUGACCGGUAAUAUAGAUCAACAGAUGACAUGUUCACUAUCAAAAACGAAAUAUUGGAUCAACCAGUUGAGAGAGUUUGCUAGGACAAGGCGUGUUUGCAAAUUUGUACGUGAACAAAAAGCAGCUAAAACUCUUGGCAUUAUAAUGGGUUUAUUUAUACUGUGCUGGUUACCAUUUUUUGUAUGUAACAUACUAACAGCUAUCAAUCCAUAUUCAAUUAACAAAAACACUGCAUUCAAGCAAAUUAUUAUUAUUGUUACUUGGUUAGGAUAUAUUAAUUCAUGUAUCAAUCCAAUUAUCUAUGCUCAUUCAAUGCAUGAAUUUCGGAGGGCAUUUAAACGACUUCUGUGUUGUCAUUGGUGGCAUCGUAAACAAGUUCAGCUGAGAAAAUCAACAUCAUUUUCGAAUCAGUGUCAUCGCCAUCACCAACAUAGUACUUACCUUCAUCAGAGUCAUCAUUCUCAUCACAAACAUCAUCAAAACAAACUUUGUCAGUCUGAAGAUCAGAAAAACUCCUACCAUAGUCAAUUUAGUAAUCAGAGUAAACAUAACUAUGAAACAAUGCUAGAAAAUUACCAAUCUCCUGUAAAAUUCCCCACUGUAACAGAUUAUCAAUCAGGUAACUGUCACACUCAACAACAGAAUGCUGAAAGUAGCUAUUUAUCAUACAGCAUACUUUUGCCAAAUUUAAGCGACUCAAUUUGUUCCAAAUACAAGUAGAGAAUACAGGACGGACGUAAGGUUAAAUCACGCAAAUUACUUGUUAUUUGAUUUUAAAUUGGUAAAUGAAAUAACGACUUUUAGUAUUCAUAACUGCUCUCUGUCUGUAACAGUGUAAGGAAAUUUAUACUAACUGGAAUAGCAGUUCAACACCAUAAUGUCUGCUCAAAUACGCUAAUAACUUUUAUCAUUUGCAUUUUUAAAUAAGGGAAUUUAUUUUAUUAGUUACGUAACUAUAAAUGCAUAGAUAACACGUCAACCAAAUCAUGAUGUAAUUCAAAGACAUAUCCGAUAACAGAACAGAUUAGCUGAAUUUAUCAAAGCGUUUAAAAGACUUUAGUCUCAAUAAUAUCUAUGAUAGAAACAAAGCUGAUAUAAACUAUUUCAUAAUACUUGUCUGAGAAAUGUUAUGUAUACGUCAUUUAAAGUGUUCAAUUAUGGCACUUUAUUUAAAUCUUCAGAACUGUAAAAAAAAUCAGAUGAACGUACCUUUUUACACUUUAUGUGAGAGAAAACUGAG